AUGAGGAAGGUCAUUAACUGGUGUGCCUUCAUCAUCCUGGCUGCGCUGUCCGGGGCCUACUAUAUGUUCCUGACCUCAUCAUACUGUCUCCACCCGACAGGCACGUCCGUCCCGCUGGGCCUCUCCGCCCUUAGUCUCUGGUACCUCAAUGUAGACAAAGAGAAGAACCAAGUGCACUCCUAUAACAAUGAGUACCGGCGGAAGCAGAGGGAACUGCUCAAGUCGCAGCAGGGGGAGAGAAGCUGA